AAUUCGUGUCUGGCAGUGACGAAGAUCGGGGUCGUACCGUGGCCGUUGUUUCAAAGAAUUAUUAUCAUUUCCACGACCCGACUCUGUCACACCUCUUACUGUGCGGUGUCGCGGGAGGCCAACCGCGGGGGUACGACAAAUGGAAUUAAUGGUUAAAGGGGACCGUUUUUGCCUGUCCGGGGGUGGCCGCCGCUAUAAAACGAUCCCGCUCCUUUGGUCCUGGAGAUAGUCCAUUGGCGGUUUUCGUUAAGGAAGAAACAUGGCCUUUGCAAAGGAAUUGAUUGUCUGCGUCGUCUUCGUCGCUGUCGUUGUUAAGAGCUUCCCCAGGAUGUAUGAGGAAAAUGCGGCGGAGGAAGAUAGCGACGAGGAACAGAUCGCGGAGGAUAUAGAUCGCAACGGACACGGCGGCGGUCACGACCACCCUACGCACUCCUAUCAUCAUUUUUUCGGACCGGUGGCGGGCCAUCACGAGGAGAUUGCCUGGAAAGAUAAACAUGGACAUCAUCAUCACGAUUACAAGGCUCAUCCCAAGUACAAAUAUUCAUACGGCGUCGACGACCAUCAUACUAAAGAUCAUCACGGGCAGAAGGAACACCGUGACGGCAAACACGUGGAGGGCGAAUAUCACAUCCAUGAGCCUGGCGGCAAUGUCAGGAGCGUAAAAUAUCAUGCUGAUCCUCACGGCGGGUUUUACGCCGAGGUCCAUAACUACGGCGGAAACGAUCAUUCGGGUGGCACAUAUGGUGGCCAUAAACAUCGAUAAUUGAAAGAUAUAACGAAUAAUUAUCGAUAAAAUAAUCAAUGAAAGAGAUAAGAGUAAAUAACGAGAAUAACGUUGUAAGCGAGCCUACAUUAUGUACAAACUCGAUCGUAGCCAUUACAUUGUUAAAUGCUUACUUUUACAUUUUGUGAAUUAGAUAUAUUGUUAAAAAAUAAUAUUCUUAUGAGCUGUUAAAUAUUUCACUCCUUUAUGAUAGAUGGAAAUGUAAUGUGUGUAUCAAUAAAAAAAAAAUGUUA